AUGCCAGAGUAUGAAAAAAUAGCAACAACUGUGUUAUUACCUAGUGAAAUUAUAGUAUUUAUAUGGCUUUCAGUUGAAUUAUCCUUACGAGUAUGGAGUGCUGGUUGUCGUUCACGAUAUCAGACAUUAAUGGGUCGUUUACGUUUUAUGAGAAAACCAUUUUGCGCACUUGAUUUCAUUAUGAUUCUGGCGACAGUUUUGACACUUUGUUUGAAUAUCCGUAGUGGGAAUGGUGUUUUUGCUGCUUCGGCUUUACGUGGUUUAAGAUUUUUUCAAAUUUUACGCAUGUUAAGAAUGGAUCGUCGAGCAGGAACUUGGAAGUUGUUAGGUUCCGUCGUUUACGCACAUCGACAGGAAUUGAUCACAACCAUCUAUAUUGGCUUUUUAGUUCUAAUCUUUUCUUCGUUUGUGAUGUUUCUCGUUGAAAAAGAUAACAUACAUGAACAAAAUCAAACUUUAAUCACCAAUCUUACUACAAUUAUGUCCGCGCAAUCACUGAGUCAUUUAAUCGACGCAGAUCGACACAAAUUCGAAACAUUCGCUGAUGCCUUAUGGUGGGGCAUUAUCACACUAUGCACGGUUGGAUAUGGUGACAAAGUUCCCUCGUCGUACAUUGGAAAAUUAAUCGCUGCGAUUUGCUCGUUUAUCGGAAUCAGCUUUUUUGCAUUACCAGCUGGCAUUUUAGGUUCAGGUUUUGCGUUGAAAGUUCAACAACAACAACGACAGAAACAUUACAAAAGACGAAAAAUUCCAGCAGUUUUGUUAAUACAAAAUCUCUGGCGUGUUUAUGCUGCUGAUGAAAAAUCUCUCUCUAAAGCAACUUGGAAAGUUCAUGUCAGACCCGCACGAGAAAAUACAGAUACGUCUCUAUCAUCACAUAUGAAUCAUCAUCACUCAGCGGCAUCGAAACUACGGAGUAAUCAAUCAUUUUUAAAUCGAGUUAGCUUUCGCCGACGUACACCGUCACGUGACACACAUACAAUAUCACCGAAAUCCCCCAAUUUAAAAAUUACUCCAAGUGCGACAGUCGCAGUUAUGCGCUCGUGUAUUGACACACUUUCCGAAACAGCGAGUAUGUCACCACCUGCAAGUAUUCUUUUCCCACCCGAAGGAUCAUCAUCAGAUAAUGAUGAUGAUCAUUCAUACUAUGCAAAUGAUGUGAAAUCGUUAACACCUGUUCAUCGACAUGCUAUUCGAUUUACUCGGAAAGUCAAAUAUUUCGUUGCAAGAAGAAAAUUUCGAGAAGCUUUACGACCCUACGAUGUGACCGAUGUGAUUGAACAAUAUUCAACAGGAAAUGUGGAUAUGCUUGCUAGAAUGAAAUAUAUCCAAGGAAGAUUGGAUAAAGUCUUAGGAACGCCGAAAUCAGUUGAUAGCUACGAAUCAGGACCGAGUUUAGCAACACGGAUAUGUAAAAUUGAGAGACAAGUCGAUGGCUUAGAUAUAAAAGUUGAUCGACUUUGUCAAUUGGCAAAUAGUUUGUUAGAAGUACAUAUUCGUAAAUUAAGAAUAACCCCAACGCCGGUAACUCCGAUUAUUAUCAAUCGAAUUCGAACUGGCGCUUGCUCAUAUAUUCGUCGUCGACGUCGUCGACAGUUUCAUCGAGUUGGACCAGAUGUUUUAACAACAAUUGGCUCAUAUUCCACAGAAAAUUCUUCUCGAACAAAUCUGACUCAACCUCCAUCAUCGUCAUCAUUAGCGGGUAAUUCGCGUGAAAGCCUCAUUAGUCUUUAUUCUUUAUUACAAGAUAAUUUUAAUUCAUCAAAAGUGGAUUCUGUAGAAAAAUGA